AUGCCCUACAUUAUAAUAAGCACCCAAGUUCGCCUUGAUGUUGGUCCUACAUUUGUUGGUGAUGAAUGGAGCGAUGAGGAACUGAUGGACUACUUGGAUGCACAGCUGAUAAAGCAGCUUGGAAAUAACUAUGCCCAGUACAAAACUGAUGAUCCACCACGGGCUGUACUUGAGAAACUUGAACUUAGGGGUUUCAAAGUUGUGGCCAUGGCUGGAGUUGGUCAGACAUGUAUUUGGACUCUACACAAGCCAUUAUGUGAGGGAGAUAAGACCUUGGACAGCCCAGAUAUUUUUGAAAGCCACCAGAUGAAUCGCAAUGGUCAUGUGUGA